GCUUUAUUGUGAAAGGUCCAGACCGGAAGUAGUAAUUUCUGACUUUGCCGGGUGAACACAAGCGAUUAGUUUCAGGGCGAAUAGGAACGUUUGGGAAUGUCAUCGCCUCCAUGUGGUGUCAGCAAUCAUGACGGCUCACCGACCAGCGACUCUGAUGAGCCUAAGCUCCCCGUCAGUCAGUUCUACCCAUACAUCCGAUGCGCCCUGUGCUGCGGCUUCUUCAUUGACGCCACCACCAUCACAGAGUGUUUACACACCUUUUGCAAAAGUUGCAUUGUGAAGCAUUUUUUCUCCACCAACAGAUGUCCGACAUGUGAAAUUAUAGUCCACGAAACACAACCGCUUUACAAUAUCAGGCUCGACCGACAACUCCAGGAUAUUGUUUACAAAAUGGUUCCUUUCCUGGAGGCGUAUGAAAGAGAACAAAUGUGUAACUUCUACAGAAAAAGAGGGCUGGAGGUACCCAAACCAGCGGCGUUUUCCUGUGCAGCUCCUCCUGUGUUGAAACGGCAAAAGAAGGAUUGCAUCCCUCAGUCUGUGCUCAACAUUCCUCCGGAGCUGGAUGUGUCGCUGCUGCUGGAGUUUGUAGGGGCGGAAGAGGGUGUCAGCAACUACAAGCCCCUAGAAAGACCAUAUGUGCGUGUGUCAGGUGAAGCCACUAUUCGCCACGUGGAGCUGUUCAUCAGGAGGAAGAUGGGACUCGGCCCAACGUGUCAGGUAGAUAUGGUUUGUGGGGAUCAUCUGCUGGAUCACUAUCAGGCACUGAAAGAUGUACAGAGCUCUGUGGGAGCAGAGUCCCUGCAGGAUGGCCUUCUGGUGCUGCACUUCGGCUUGGUCCUGCCCAGUCAGUCUUGACCGGGAAGGUUGGCUCUCCUGACCGUGUCACAGAAUUUUCUCAUGCCAAUUCCAGUGGCUCCCAAGCAGCGGUCUACUAUGUCUGUUGGACACGGCUAGUAUAUAUUUGUAUACUUGUAUACAUACUUGGAUAAAUAUUCAUGUAUUUAAUAAUCGAGGUGUAAGGGCUUGACACACAGGGAACUACUGCCAAAUAUUUUUGAGCUUUAUGUUCAGCUCUCUUUUCAACAGCCUUAAUGUAACGUUUGGAUACACGCACAAAGUUGCACAUUUUGUACUUGUUGAGUUUGUGUUAGUACUUUGACAUUAUUAGAAUAUCAGGUUGGAAACUGAAAUAUCUUUUGUUAGGUUUGAUGAAUACCUUUUCAAUAAAAUUAAUACUUUUGAAAUGUGAUGUCUAUUUUGGUGUGUGUCAGGUUUAAACCCCAACACUUGUAAAAAAACACUGCCUGUACAAAGGAAGACACAGAGGUGAGUUUCUUUUUACUUGCGAGGAGAGUGAU